AAAAACACAAGCCAUGUAUGCUUUAAAUUUCAAAACAGAUUAUAUGUGUGAUGUAAUUCUUUUAUUCCUAAGAACAAAGGAAUGUUUUGAAGAAAUUUAAAUACCCAGCUCGUAUUUUGAGUAUUUCGAGAACAAAAUCUGGUUAGAUAUAUUACGUUGCUUUGGUGGAUAUCGUUUUUCUCUCUCCGUGACGAUCUCCAAACGCUCGUUACCCGUUACUGCUGUUUGCUGGCCAAUUUACUUACGAAUUAUGAUAAUUACCAUACAUCUGGCUGGCGUAAACUUUAAAAAAGUGCAACUGGCGAUGAACGAGGGUGUGUGGCUGCAUCUAUAGACGUUUUCUCUAUCCUACACAGUGGAAUUUCAAAUCAGUAGACUUGGUAGAAUCACAGAAACCUCGGACAAAAAAUUGGUCUGCGAUUAUCGAUGAACGCGACAGUUGAGUUGUUCUGUCAUUGCGAAGAAAACCCGCAUCAAGACUAACAAGAAUGACGAUGAAAAAUACUGUAUUGGUUCUUUCUUUCUUCCUCUUUCUCAAUGCUCAAACUUUGGCUAAAAUCAUCAAAAGAGAAUCGCAAUCUUCUACCCCAACGAAGAAAGAUGGUUUAGCAGUUCCUCUUCCUGCUAUCAUUCUUCUGUCGGCUCUGGGAGUCUGUCUCAUCGUCUUCGCCAUCCUGUACAAGUUCAUCAGCUUCGAUACAUGUUGUCAAGGCACAAAGGAUGGAGACAAAUCCAAAAUCAUCGACAAGGUUCAGUACACUGAAGUCGGACAAAUCGAUAUUCAUUCGGAUAUUGAAGAAGGCAAGGACAAGCGGCGUCGAUCGAAUUUUAAAUCGGUUAUAGCAUCGAACCCUGUACUUGAUGAUACAGAUUUUAACGCGGGUAGAGGACGGCCCAAGGCGAAAAGCGUCACUUCCCUGAACAAACCUCAAAUCAAUUUACCGCGUCGAACGUCGGCAGCUCCACCACCGCGACGGAGCGAUAAGCUGUCUCUGGCAGCCAUUGAACACAGCAGUAGAGUACGCAGCGAGAGUGACCUCAGUCUUAGCUCUACUGCGUCAUCCCAAUACAACUACGGUAGCUGGGGAGACAGCCUUGGCAAACCAGGUCUUCCCAUGAAACAUAUCUCACCUCUAGCACUAUCAGCGGCAGGAGGACGACGAGCAGCUGGUCAGCGGGCUAUGUCUGCAUAUGGAGAUAUUAUAUCACUAAGGCCUGAGAACAGAAGCAAGAAUCUAUUGGGAAAACUUCAAGUAUCUGUUUCGUAUGCGCCGACUGCACAAAGACUGGAGAUCGAAAUCAUUCGGAUCGAGGAGAUCAAUCAAGCAGUCUUCCAGAUGGGUUUGGCUUCGUACAUGGAGACGCAUAUAACACUCCUGCCUUCCAAGCGCGCUCGCUACAAGACCAAAGCCAAGGCGGUCAAUAAUGUAAGCUUUCAAGAACGUUGGGUGGUUAAAAACGUAUCGAAACAAGAAUUGGAGUCGAUGAAGAUGAGGUUUCGUGUUUACAGCCACGAGUUUAUAGGAAAAGGAAAAUUACUUGGGGAAAAUACAUCAGACGUUAUGUUGUUUGAUCUGGAAGACAUUGGCUCAACACAAUGGCUGAAUCUCUCACCAAGCAAAGAAAUCACCAAACUAAUAUGUUCGUAACUCCAAAUACGGCGUCAUUACAACACGUCAUCUGUCACGUGGGGCUGACCCAGAUAAGCUAUUUUUGUCCAUAAAUAUUACGUCACUAAUAAAGGGUCUUUCCUAAAGUCAAGCACAUACUUCAACCAUCUUUCAUUUUAUGAUAAUUUUAAUGUGCCAAGAUAAGUAACCCCACCAUUACUAACAACAAAUCUGAGUAAUAUGCCAGCAAAGCAAGACUGGUCUUUAACUUUAACCACGGUACGACAAGGCGUCCACUUGUCCAACCAAUAAUGACCCUUAUAUCCAUUGACAUCAAUGAUAACUUGUGACCGAGACAAGAAUACAGACAAACUUCACUGUUAGUUUUCUUUGCUGGUUCCAGCUUUGAGCAUAAAAGAAGACAUGGCAAAAUUUAAAAUAUCCGGCAAAAAUAUCAAGACAGCACCUUGAUUACAACUCCGGUCCAUUUGAUUGUUCAUAGUCAUCGUUGUUUUCCGAUUGGCCGGGUGUUUAUAUUUCAAAUCUGAUUAUUUGUAGUUCUUAGAAAUAUAAACUGUGACAAAAUCAGUUUGCGGGCUACCUGUGGGAAAUACAGGCUUGGCAAACAAAUUAGUGUCACGUGAUGAACGUCGUGUGACGUAUGAGCGGAAACUCAUUUUAAAAACUUACACAAAUGUUAUCAACGAAACAACGAAGAUCAACGGAAUUAAACUAACAAACGACAAAAAAAUAUAUUAUCACAUAUUUCAAAGAAGUAGAUAAUUUGUGGUUUUGGUUGUGGGAAAUAUACAAAUGGGAUAAAUGAUUAUUAUAUGAAUGGAAAACAUCGAGAAAACGUUGGCUAUGAAUAGAAUGAAAUAUAACGAAAUAUAAAACUGAAUAAUAGAGUAAAAUCGAGGGAAUACGAAAAAUAAAAAAAAAGGUCGAAGGAAUGAAAGCUAAGUGGAAAUAAGUCAAAAAUGGAAUAGAUAAAUGAGAUUUAUUAGUUAUUAUUUAUUAGGUAACUAGCAAUUAAGUUAAUUUAGAACAUGAAUCUAUUAUUAACUAUAAUCAUUAGUUCUAUGAUAAAAAGAUACAAAAGUUAAUAGAGUUUCAGAUAUUUCUUGAGCUCCAGCUUUCUGUGCACACUUGAUCAAUCAACUCACUUAACAUUUAAAGCAUUAAUCAGGUCAUGUUAUUAUUGGGAUUAUCUUAAGAAUAUUCAAAUUUUAUGAGAGCAGAUUUCCUAGUGAUAUGGAGUGACCAUUCUGAUAGGUGGAUAGUAUCUAACGUGUCGUGUUGUGAUUGGCUAGAUGGCUGUGAUCAGCCUUCGAGUGACACUAAACAUCUGCUCUCCAUGAACUUCCACUGUGUUAUAAAACAAAGCUACCUAACGACUCAAAUCCUCAUUAAAUUAUUUUUGAGUGUUGAUUAAA